AUGAAGAGGGUUUUGACGCUUUCUGUGGCCGCUUUUCUCCUCUUUUGCCUUCAAAACUUCCAUCCUGCACUUGGUGUAGGGUGUUCAUACCAGCUGACCGGAAAGCUAGGGUAUAUAAUCAGUGAAACGGAUGUGACGUCAGACCUCUGCGAGUGGGACAUCACUGCUGAUCCGGACAGGAUAAUUCUGAUCAAUUUUGAUCGCGGAAAUUUUGAAAGAGGAUCUGAAGGGUGCACCAGCGACGCUUUGACUUUCUACGACGGAGACUCGUCUGACAGCAGGGUUGUUGACACGUUCUGUGGAGUUUCCUACGAGCCAACCUUUGGAGUACCGUACCAUCUGUCUGCGGUCAGCUCCGGGCAUCAGCUACACGUGGUCUUCGCACGCAGCCGUUCGGCUCGUUGGAGAAAUGAGUUUGAUCUGACUUUUACCACCAGGGAGAUUGAGCAUGAGCCAACCUUCGAUGAAAACACUUUUGUUCCACAAACAGAGGAGGAAUUUGACUCCCAAACAAUUGCGGACUUCGUGCGAAUCAAGGUCUCCGACUUGUUAACAUUUGACCACAAUCUUAUCUGGCCGUACGGUUAUAGGACUGAUGGCGAUAUUUUGCGAUUCUAUAUCGCCAUCGACAAGGACGUUCUUGACUUUGACCUGACACCAGAAACGGACCGCGAAAAAAGAUGUGCGCCAACCCACAGUGAGACGCAGGCCCUAGCUCAGCUGUCUGUAAACACUGAACACAGGAGCUUUCCCCACGAAGACUGGCCGUGGGUUCCCUUCUACUAUUACCAACCUUGGGACGAAAACGAGUACGUCGCAGUUAUGACGUAUACCUAUUUGAACGUUAAGGUCGGGGUAGAGAAUUCCAGGCUAAACAAAAUUGAUUGUGUGAUGCACGGCAAAACAUUCCACACUGAGGUAAUCGUGAAAGCCUGCCCCAUCGGGCGGUUCGGCCGGUUCUGUGCGGAGCGCUGCCAGUGUUAUAACGGAGCCUCAUGCCACAGCUUCAACGGGGCGUGCAGGUGCGCCGCUGGCUGGACGGGAAGGAACUGCACCACAGUGCACCCAGAAGUGCGCAUCAGUCCUUCUUCCAGUGAGCUGGACGACUUGCGGUACGGACAGGAACUGCAGCUCACCUGCACGGCCUACAACUUCCGUGUCUCAGACAUCACGUGGUACAUCGACGGCACGGUUAUCAACGAGAGUUUGCUGAACAUUACACUUUAUAACAACUCUUCUGUUCUGUCCAUCAACUCCCUGCUUCCGGAGUACCAGGGCCACGUGACCUGUGUGGCAAUCAGCGCAGGAGAAGAACAAUACACAGACGAGGUGGACAUAUGGAUAGCAGAAGACAGAAGGGCCAACUCUCCAUUUUCAUGGCUUCCUUGUCCCCCCAACGACCUGGAGAUCGAGGGACUAGGUAGGCAGGUUGGCAGGUGUCAUGGCCGCCUCCCGGAAGGAAAUGCCCUAUUUUUUUUAACCGAUUCAGGUUGCCAGGACAACUAUUACGGUGAGUUCUGUGACCAGGUCUGCAACUGUAACGAGUGGGAGAUUUGCAACCGAACUUUGGGAUGCGUCUGUUCUGGUGACGUAUGUUUAGACCCGGGCGAUUCUCAGACGCUCCUCCUGGCCAUCAGCCUGUCAGCAGCCGGGUUGAUUCUCCUCCUGCUCGGCGCCAUCUUCCUGCUCCACAGGCACAACAACAGGCUGCGGGUCGGCAACAUCGACGAUCCGGAAGUCUUCCAACUCGAACAGAAUCUAAUAGCGCUGGUUCCGCUUGCAGCAGGCUCCUCGUCAGGCAGUAUCGACAUGGAGCUGCUGAAGGAACGGGAGAUCCACAGGAGCAGGCUGCAGGGCGGACAGCUUCUGGGUGAGGGCGCUUUUGGACAUGUCGUCAAGGCAACGCUGACGCAACCAGAAACUGAUGACGUAGUGGUAGCCGUCAAGAAACUGAAAGACAACGAGGACCAGCAGGCCAGACAGGCCCUUCUGAGGGAGACCUGCAUCAUGCUGUUGUGUGGUAACCAUGACAACGUCCUCAAGCUGAAAGGCAUCUGUUUUAGAGACGGUCCGCUCCAACUGGUGCUGGAAUAUGCCGAACACGGGAGUCUCCUGCACCUGCUGUGGACGUUACGUGCGGAGUCCAAACUCAACAGGACCGUUCUGGUCAACAAACGGCACAUCUUCGAGAACAUGAUGGUGGAAGUGUGCUGCGGCCUGGAGCAUCUGGCAAGCAGGAGGUUGGUUCACCGAGACAUCGCGGCCCGGAACAUCCUGAUCUGUGGGAAGGGAACCGCCAAGAUCGCGGACUUCGGGCUGGCUCGGGACAUGUACGCUGUGGGGUACCAUCGGCAGGACGGAGGUAAAGACCUCCUGCCGCUGAAGUGGAUGGCGCCGGAGGGCCUGAAGAACGAGGCUAGGUUCACCCACAAGAGUGACGUUUGGUCGUUUGGGGUUCUGUUGUGGGAAGUUGCGCAGCUGGGCCGCACGCCGUACCCUGGGAUGGAGGGGGCAGACAGACUGUAUGAUGCUCUGCAAAACCACUUCAGACUCCCCAGGCCUCAGCUGUGCACAGAUGAAAGAUACCAGCUGAUGCUGCAGUGCUGGAAGUUUAACGAGAAGACCAGGCCGGACGCCACGACUGUCAGACAGCAACUGGAGGCAGACCCCAAUGGCUUCUUCUACUUCAGUACACCUGUGGCUGCAACAGAGGCACCAGUAACUCCGGUUUGAGACCGCAGUAGAUGUCAGAAGAAAGUCGACUAGUACUUGUGAGCACCGCUAGGAGGCGUGCAUGAGCCUCCAGUCAUCCCUUGCAAUAUGGCGACAUUCAACACACAAACAUGGCACCGGAAAAGGAAACGACGUAAAAUGAACUAUAUCCCACAAUAAAAAAAAUUCAAUUGCAGUGAUAUGUUGUGACGGCCAUUUUAGGUGAAAGGUCAUGGGAUGAGAAUAGCCAUAUAGAAUGUUGCAUGAUAUCAUCAUCCCAUAACGGUAGGAGAAGAAAGCUGUAGUUUUAAUUUGCUUCUUCAUUUAAAGUUUCCUCAACGGGUCGAACCAGGUGUAAGGAUUAUCUGCUUCAUGUUUUUAAUAUAGAAUCUUAGUUUGGGUAUCCUUCAGUUUCUAGACACUGAAAACGGCAGAAACACAUAGAAUUAGUUUCCCUUUAUGCCGUCAUGGUUAAGUUAAUGUUUCAGUUUUCUUCUAGAAUCUUGUCCAUUUAUAUACCACGUGUCAUUAAUCUGGCCUAAGCUUCAAUACCUGUAUGUAUAAAAAAAAACUCAAAAAAUGAGGAUUGUGUACAGGGUGCUACCGAUGGAUUUGUUCGUACAUUCGGAGUUUACAUACAGUAGAAUCGCAAACCACUCGAACCCGUGUCCGAGAUGUUCUGUUUCCGCUACUUCUUCUGGAACUUUGUUUUUCAAAUAAACUGUAUCAAUGAAAAUUACCAUGAGACAAGGAGACAUGA